GUCUCUCGGGAGCACUUCCGGCCUGGUCCGGAAAACAGUUUAGUCUCGGUUGUAGAUGCUCCAGCAGUUGUGGGUGGCGGAGUUGAGCAGCGACACUCCGGCUCAUUUGUGGCCCCGGGAUCAGAUACGUUCUCUCCAGGAUGGACUUCCCCAGCACGCUGCGUCCUUCUUUGUUUAUGGCUGGUCCUCUUGGCAUGACUGAUGGCCCUGACCUGUCCUUCAUGUGCAGCUGGAGAGAUGCGCUGACCCUGCCGGGAUCCCAGCCACAGAACUGCAGGGACCGGACAUUGUCCUUUGCCAAGAAACUGCUGUGGGAGCCAUCAACACCAGGACCCCUCCCCCUGGUGCCUCCUAGUCCUGAUCCCUGGGACCCUGGUGUGACAGCUCAGGACUUCCUUUUCCGGGGAGGUCACUGCUACCAGUACCAGUCUCAAAUUGUGCUGGAUGUCACCGAGCAGCUCAGCCGCUUCCUGUGGGACCAUGGGGAUCUAGCCUUCGCACCCCUGGGGAAACUCAUGCUGGAGAACUUCAGAUUGGAGGGGAACCGGGGCUACUCCAAAAAGAUGACCAUAGUCAGCGCGAAGAGGCUGCUGCAGGACCUCGGUGGACACCAGCCCUGGGGGUGUCCCUGGGCUUCCCUCAGCCGCCGGCUGCGUCGCUUCUCCAUCCUCGGGGGUCCUGUCCUGAGCAGGUCAGUGUCAUUACUCAUGGGGAGGCUGCUGCAUGAAGAGCUGGCCAUGCGGUGGGAGCAGUUGCUGAUGGAUGAGGCCUUCACCGGAGGUGCCUUGGCCUGGCUGCCUGGAAGGACAGCACGGGCUGGACAACUGGUCUACCCUAGUGGAGGUGCCUUGGACAAGCUAUAUUUCCAGGAGGUCAGUGUGAAUUCAGGUGGCAGCCCCCGGGUCCUUGAGGACCCUGGGCACAUCCAGCUGCAGGGACCUGUACGGCAGGUGGUGACCAGCACUGUCCAGGGAGAAACGCUUCUGGCCGUCCGCUCUGACUACCACUGUGCCAUGUGGAAGAUUGAUAAGCAGGGGCCCCCAGCACCUCUGCAGGUACUGCAGGUAGAGAAGGGGGCCACUGGUAUUAGCCUCAGCCCCCACCUGUCAGGAGAGCUGGCCAUCUGCAGCCGUUCUGGAGCUGUGUGUCUGUGGACUCCACAAGAUGGGCUGCAGCUGGUCUACAAGGACUCUGAGACGCUUGCCUUCCGUGAUCCGUCUCCCUGGCGCUGGGCAGACUUCACUGCCCACCCCCGGGUGCUGACUGUGGGGGACCGCACGGGUGUGAAAAUGGUUGACAUUCAGGGCCCGCCGGGCUGUGGGCUGCUGCUGUUCCGCGCUGGAGCAGAGGCUGCCUGCCAGAAAGGAGAGCGGGUGCUGUUUGCCCAGUACCUUGGACGGCCGGGUCCCACCUCUACAUCUCUGCAGCUCAUCUGCACCCAGUUCUCGAUCUACCUGAUGGAUGAGCGCCUCCCCCUGGUGCCAAUGCUUAAGUGGGACCAUGGCCUGCCAUCUGCACUCCUGCUUGCCCGCCUGCUGCCCCCAGCUAGCCCUGGCUAUCCAUGGCCCCUGCUCCUAGGGGGCCAGGGUGGACAGCUUCAGCUGCUUCAUAUAGCAGGAGAGGGGACUUCCAUGCCCCAGCUGGCAGGGCCUCCUCAGUCUCUUCCCUCCAUCACCGACUCCCUCUCUGCCUUUCCCCUGCUGGAACCCAAGAGGCAGCAGCAGCUGCAGGAACGUCUGGAGGCACCAGUCAUAGGUCUGGCCGCUGCCCCUCCCUGUGCCGCUGCCCCAGGACUGUUGAUCUUCCAGCUCACAGCCGCUGGGGACGUCUUCUAUCAGCACCUGCGCCUCCAGCAAGCCUCCAGUCUUAGAGAGCCACCUGACCGUGCAGCACCCAGGGCGACAGCACCUCUAGUGGACCAGCCGUCCACACCCUCUUGGACCUCUCGGGCCAGUGCCCGUUGCGGCCGCUGGCUGGAGGCCCUGAUGGAGUUGUCCCCCACUUGUCCAGUAUGGGCUGCCCCCACCUUCUCCCACCGCCGUUUUCUGGGCCACAUGGAGCAGCAGAAGAGCCAAGAGACACUGUCACAGAAGCUCCGAGCAGCCAUGGCUAAGGGGCAGCUCCUGCGGCCUGGGGACCUGAGUACACUCCCCAGGGCGGAGCCACCCCCUGCACCUCAGUACAGCCAGCAGGAUGAGCUCACUGAACGCUUGGCAGAAGCCUGGGAAGGCCGGGCAGCUGCCUGGUGGAAAAGACAUCGAGGUCAGACCUCAGGGCCCCAGACACAGUCCAAGCGGCCCAAGCGCCGGACUCAACUGUCUAGUACCUUCUCCUCGUUCACAAGCUACUUGGACUCCCCAGAUGCUAGCAGUGCCCCUCGUAGCCAAGACCUCUCUACCUCAGAGACCUGUCCUCAGCCACCCAGGACUCAACCCUCCCAGGAGUUGACACAGGAGCUGUGGGCCCCAGGUGUGCAGCGUGAACGUCGACAGACCCUCCGGGACUACAUGGCCAAGCUGCCACUUGAGAGGGCCACUCCAGGACCUGUGGCUACACCACCCUCCCAGGCCUCUAGCCUCCAGACCAUGUCUUUCAAGCAGCAGACACCUGUCCUCUCUGGCUCUCAGCCUCCCCGAAAGAGGCCACGAAUGGGCUUCUGAGUGAGGAAGGCCAUGUCUGCGAGCCUAGCCUUUAUCUUGGAGCACUGCACUGAGUUUAGCCACUCCAGAGCAGAGCCUCUACCUCACACAGAACAGUGUGCCCAUGGGAGCUUGAGCAGCUUAGAGCCUGGCGGAAGCAGCGGGGAACGUCGGGGUUGUGUAUUUGAUGGCAGGCUAUGCCUAAGAGCUGCAUGCACAGGCCGCACCAGCAUGGCUGAUGCUGGGUCCCUCAGUCCCGAGUCCCCCAGUCUCCUUCCUUCUCCCACUGCCAUUCUCUGGGCCACAUGGAGCUGCAGAAAACCAGGAGAUCAUGCCACAAAAGUUCAUGCAUCCAUGGCAAAGGGCCAGCUCCUACAACCUGGAUCUGAGGUCACCCCUGCACCUCAGUGCAGCAGGGUUGUUAGAAAGUAGGGCCACUAUGUCAGGCUUAGCCUCCUGUCCUUGAGGAGGCAGCUCAGCCUGAGUGCCCCCUGAGGUGGCACAGUGUGGGUCAGCUGUUGUGUGUUGUUUGUGCCACAGUCCACAUAGGUUCAACAGGCGGUGACACUUUGACUCUGGGACUGAAUAAACCUGUCCACUGGCCAUGAGCCAGAUGGUCAUGUGGCAGA